UGUGUGUUGUUCGGCGAUGAAUUCAUAUAAAAUUUUCAUUUGAUUCGUUACAGUAAUUCGUUGUUACCGGCCAUUAGUUUUGAGCGGAUUUCUGUUUGUUUUUCGAUAUUUACCAAUUAGCACGAGUGCUCGAUGCAAAGGAAUAUCUUGUAAUAAAUGGUCUCUAUUUUAAUUUGAAUUUUCAAAAUCAAGUGCUUUUUAUGCUCCACUAAAUAUCAGAAAAAUUGUAUUUACAAAAUAACAUAUUUUAAGAAUCGGAUAAAAUGGAAGAGUGGUUGAAAAUCACACUGUGUGUAAGUUUGUUUGCAACUUUUCGGGACUUUCGACCAGUGGAUUCGUUUUAUACAUCAUAUUUAACCAGUCCAGCCGUAAAUUUUACUGCUGAACAAGUGACUGAAGAUAUUUAUCCAAUAAAUUCUUAUGCGACUACAAGUUUAGUAAUUAUUAUGUUUCUUACUACAGACUAUGUGCUUUACAAACCAAUUGUGAUGUUGGACGCGUUUAGUUCGAUUGUGAUGUUUUUAUUAGUUUUGGAACCUGUUACACUCUUUAAAUCAAAACUGAGUAUGGCAUGUUUGGGUUUAACGUCUGCAUCAGAACUGGCAUACAUGUCUUAUGCAUAUGCAAAGGUUCGUGACCGUAGGUUAUACCAAAAGAUGACAGGAAUCGUUAGAGGUUCAAAUCUUAUGGGUAAAUGUUUAUCGUCCACAUUUGCUCAAAUUGCUGUUUCAUUUUUACACAUUGAGUAUGGAUUACUUGUGUAUAUUUCAUUAGCGGGUUCAUGUGUAGCAUUUUUUGUUACAUUUUUUUUUCCGCCAGUAAAUUCAAGUAUUUAUUUCCACCCCGAAAGUCCAAUUGAUAGAAAAUCAAAAGUCAACUACAAUACAUUCCAUAAUAAAUAUCACAAAGAGCUUGGACCGUGUUUCGUUGAAAAAUCUCCAAAGCCCGUCCGAGUAGUAUUGGAUCAGUUGUACUCAGAAUUAAGCGACGCGUACACCAAUCCGUAUUUACUCAAAUACGGAGUGUGGUUUGCUUUUGCCACCGGAGUCUAUUUCCAGGUGUUGACGUAUAAUGACGUUCUUUAUUUGGAAUUGAAUGAACGCAAUCCAGUUGACAACAAGUUGUACAACGGCGGAGUCGACGCUUUGGCUUUUAUAAGUGGAGCAUUGUCUUCAUACUGCAUAGGAUUUCUGAAAGUUGAUUGGAAAUCCACAAGUAAUUUAUUCCUUUUCAUCGGUUCACUUUUGAGCUGCAUAACGCUGUGUGUCUGUUACGUGACUAAUUCUUUAGAUUUGGUGUACAUAAUGUACAUAAUAUUCUGUUUCGUAUUUCAAUCAAUGAAUGUUGUGGCCAGGUCCGAAACAGCUAAACAUUUAAAGCAUGACAGUUUUGCUUUUAUUUUUGGUGUCGUAUUUUUUAUUUCAUUAUUGGUGUCGAGUGUCAUAACAUAUUUAUUUGUUCAAGGUACUAUUAUUUCAAUUCCAGUAGACGUACAGUUUCUAUUGUAUGGAUUGAUUAACGGCGGACUUGCUCUUUGGUUCUUUUUUCAAAUGUGCAUAGAAAAAUUUACCGCAUCAUUUGAUACUUAAACAGUUGAAUGGAUGUAAUAUUUAAUUAUUUAUACCACAGAUUAUACUUAGAUCUUAGUGACAACAAUCACAUACGACUAUAACAUAAUAUAUUCUGACCUACAUCCUCAUCUCCCAGCCUCUACAUCCUAGUCCUAAACCGACACCGAAUCGCCGUCGCCGAACUCACCACCAGUCCCUUCAUCGUCUAAACAAAAGAACAGUUCAUAAGAAUAACCGAUUAUUGUUAAAG